UGCGUAUGUGCCAUGUGCCGUGCCAGCAUCAAUCAGCCAUGGCGUCGUCGUUCAUCCCGGUGCCCGCCGACUCCGACUUCCCCUUGGAGAACCUCCCCUACGGCGUGUUCUCCACGCGCGACAACCCUCAGCCUCGGAUCGGCGUGGCGAUCGGGGACCACAUCCUGGACCUGGGCGUGGUGAAGGAGGCCUUCAGCGGGCCCCAGCUCACUCCUCACCAACACGUGCUCACCGAGGCUUCUCUGAACGGGCUGAUGGCGCUGGGCAGCGGCGCGUGGAGGGAGCUGCGAGCGACGCUGCAGCGCCUGCUCGCCGCCACGGGAGGAGACGGCGCCUUGCGGGACGACGCCGCCUUGCGCCAGCGGGCGUUCACGCUGCGACAAGACGCCACCAUGCACCUCCCCGCCAACAUCGGAGACUACACGGACUUCUACUCCUCGCGGGACCACGCGACCAACGUGGGGAUCAUGUUCCGUGGCCCCGCCAACGCGCUCAUGCCCAACUGGCUGCACCUCCCGGUGGGCUACCACGGCCGUGCCUCCUCCGUGGUGCCGUCGGGGACUCCAAUCCGCCGCCCCCACGGCCAGACGCGACCCCACGACGACCAGCCCCCCGUGUUCGGAGCAAGCCGCCUGCUGGACUUCGAGCUGGAGAUGGCCUUCUUCGUGGGGCCUGGCAACCGGCUGGGCGAGCCCAUCGCCAUGGAGCACGCGCAGGACCACAUCUUCGGCAUGGUGCUCAUGAACGACUGGAGCGCGCGCGACAUCCAGAAGUGGGAGUACGUGCCGCUGGGGCCCUUCCUGGGCAAGAACUUUGGCACCUCCAUCUCCCCCUGGGUGGUCACCAUGGAGGCGCUGGCGCCCUUCGUGCUGCCAAACGCCAAGCAGGAUCCGCCGCCCCUCCCGUACCUGCAGCACGCCGACCCCUUCUCCUUCGACAUCCACCUCAGCGUGGGGAUCCACGGAGAGGGGAUGGCUGAGCCGGCGAUCGUCUGCAAAUCCAACUUCAAGCACAUGUACUGGAGCAUGAAGCAGCAGCUGGUGCACCACGCGGCCUCCGGCUGCAACCUGCGCCCCGGGGACCUGCUGGCGUCCGGCACCAUCAGCGGCCCGGUGAGCAGCGGUGGAGAAGAACCGUCGACCACCGCCAGCGCCAGUGCUGAGCUGAGCGGAGCUGCAGCCCGGGAGGGCCUCCCUUCACACGGCCCAAUAGGUGACGAGGAAGGGAGCAUGGAGCUGACGGCGACCGAGAGAGAAAGUGCUGCAGAGAGCGGCAGCUGCGGGGAGAACAUGGAGAGAGAGGCCAUGAAGGCCAGAGGUAGCGUGCCUCUGGCAAUAGGCGACGGAGGGGGUCAGCAGCCGGACCUAACUUUGCUGGGCGCCGCGGGCGCCAGGUGGGUGCCGGGCGUUUUCGUGCCUCCUAAAAACAUCCCCUCGUCCGCCACGGGGCGGGCCAAGAGACCGAAGGGUUGGAGGAAGCUGCACGCACUUGGGACUGAGCCCGGUGAGGUCCCCGUUCCCGGAACGUCGGCGGAUACCGGAGGGUGGGUUGGCGCCGACGGGAAAGCUGUAGCCGUAGCUAAUAGUGGUGACUCGGAGGACGAUCUGGAUGAGGAGGAGUACCCCCAGAAGCUCGGAGGUUGGAGGAAUGAGGCUAGGCCGGGGGAGUGCACGCCCAGAGCCCUCCUCUUGUGGUUGAAGGAGACGGGAAGGAAGAAAAAGGGGAAUGCGGUGAAAGAGCUGAUGAAGGCUUUCCCCGAUAAGCGCUCCCUUGCGGAGGUGGUAACGGACGUGAAUUGGGAUCCACACGGUUACGGUUUCAGUGAUUGGGAGGCCAACCGGGUGUUGGAUUUAUUGGUCGGAACGGGGCCGAUCCUGCCGGACGUCGAGGAGUCAGACUCAGCCUCGCCCAGCCCGGCGUCGCAAGGGAGCAGGGUGGGCGGCGUCAGCGGCGGCGCCCCAAAGGGACAGGCGGAAAGGCCGAUGAGCUGGCCUCCGAUGCCCGAGAUGGAGUGCUCCCCCGAAUACCUCCUUGGUUUCCUGAAAUGGUCAAGACACCGCUACCCGCCGCCGCCAGCCGGGGAGGAGGGUGAGGAGGUGGGAGCGGAAGAGCGACUCUGCUAG